AUGCUGCUAGCACCACUGAACUGGAGUCAUCGUUGGCUAGGGAGAGAUCUUGAGGCUCCGAGUUAUGUUGUUGCAGCUUUGCUGGUAUCAUCAAUGAAAAUCUUCUUCACCUUCGCUGUCGCCAUCAUCUAUGCUGUCCUCUGGGAAGGAUGCAGCAGCAAAAGUACCACCACAGUUCGUCCGGCUACUACAGCCCGUCCGGCUACUACAGCCGCCCCGGCCACUACAGCCGCCCCGGCUACUACAGCUGCUCCUACUACUACAGCUGCUCCUACUACUACAGCUGCUACUACUACUACAGCUGCUCCCACUACUACAGCUGCUACUACUACUACAGCCGGCCCGGCUACUACAACUGGUGGACCGACUCUUCCUCCGCGACUAGCCCCGAUUGGCACAUUCCUGCUCAAUGCCAGCAUUCCGGUUCUGGGCCGACUAGUCGGAAGGCUAGUAUCCUCGGAUGCCGACCCGAACAAUUUGGUCAUUACAAAGCUGCUCAUGGAGGUCCCGUCUACACCUCCCUCGGUUGUAAUUAAUACCACCAAGAAUGUGCCGUUCCACAUGAAAGGCGCCAGAGUUGUCCUGGAUGAUUUCAGCGCAUUUCCCGCUUUCGCCAAAGCUAUUGUUGCUAAUGCUAUCAUCACGUACCUGCCCCCAGAUGACAUUCAGUUCAACAUUACCCAACCAGUUAAUAUCUCUGUCACACUGCAUCGCGCAUAAGUUGCAACGCGUUGCGUCUCUGACUAUGCGCCUCGAACGUAUGGUGUGUCUGGGGAUUUAGCUACUCGACUGCUGAAAGCAGGUUGAUAGAUCUCUUUAGCGAUCAAUCUUGGUAGCACUUUUUAAGACCUUAUCGUUAUUUUUCGUAUUUUUUGCGAUCGAUGGAUACGUAUGCCCUUCUUUGAGUUCGCCAACGCAAUAAAGCCUAUUCAUUAGGCCCUUGAGCACGCGGUUAACGCACGUGUAUUGUGGAGUACAAGGGGUUGAGCACUAUCAUUCAAGUAUCUCACG